UUUUCUCUCUCUUUCUCAGGUCGUCGUCGUCCUCCGCCCCCUUUCGCUCCCCAAUCAUUUCACGCCAAGCCAAUGGCGUUCUUCUCCCAACAUCACCACCACCUGCAACAGCCACAGCAGCAGCAGCAGGCGGUUCCCCUCAGGAAUUUCGUGCCGAUCGAUGGCCAAAUCUCCGCCCCGAUCGACUUCACCCCGGCGGCCUACCCCGAUCCCUCCCAUCCCGCCUACGUUCGGGUCAUGGGCCUCGCGCCAGGCGCCGCGCCCGCCGCUGCGGCGGACGGCGGAUCGAGCGGCUGGGAGCCGAGGAGGAAGCGGCUCAAGGAGCAGGACCUCCUGGAGAACUCCCAGAUUUCCUCCAUCGAUUUCCUUCAGACGGGGUCCGUGUCCACUGGGCUGGGCCUCUCGUUGGACGACCGGAGGGUCGCAGCUUCGUCCGGCGAAUCGCCGCUUCUCCUCCUCCCUACGGUGGACAAGGACAUCGAUCGCGAGGUGCAGAGGAUGGACGCGGAGAUGGAUCAGUUCAUCAAGCUCGAGGGUGAGCGUAUGAGGAAAUCAAUAUUAGAGAAGGUUCAGAUGAAACAGUUCCAAACUCUAGCAACUGUAGAGGAGAAGAUCCUCAGGAAGAUAAGAGAGAAAGAAUCAGAAGUGGAGGGCAUAAAUAAGAAGAACCUGGAACUCGAGGAGCAGAUGAAACAGGUCGCCAUGGAAGUAAAUGUGUGGCAGCAACGGGCAAAGUACAACGAGAGCAUGAUAAAUUCUCUCAAGUGCAAUCUGGAGCAACUCUAUGCUCAAAGCAAGGACAACAAGGAAGGGUGUGGUGACAGCGAGGUAGAUGACACAGCCUCUUGUUGCAACGGGAACACCGAUUUGCAGCUUAUGUGUAAGCAGAACAAGGAUGUGGAGUCCAUGGCUUGUAAGGUUUGCAGGGUGAACGAGGUGUGCAUGCUUUUAUUGCCCUGCCGACAUCUAUGCCUGUGCAAAGAGUGUGAGAGCAAGUUUAGCUUCUGCCCUUUGUGCAACUCCUCAAAGUUCAUCGGCAUGGAGAUCUAUUUGCCAUGAAAUUGUGGUGUCCCUCAGGAUAUCAUCCACCUUGUCUUCUCAAGUUAUCAAGACCUACUUGUGAAUAUCUCCUACAUUGUGCAAAUUAGAUGGACUUUAAACCAAUACGUCAUAGACGUACGACUGUAUCACGAAUUAUGCGUAAUUUUUAUGUUGUGGUUUAUAUUAUGCUGUCAGUGUCGGACUGUAUCUCCUAAAAAAUUCUCAUGCUUUUUCCUGUAACAUUGUGCUCUAAUUUUCAACCAAUUGUUUCUGAUGUUGGACUU